ACGCUUAUGGUUCCAACACGUGUUGAAAUAUUUCUCCCUCCUCGCGGUCUCUCAUGACGAAAAGGGUUUAUGGUUAUAAGGGGUUUUAGGGUUCCGAUUCGCAUCAAUCUCGAGUUAGGGUUUUUAAUAGUAGCUGCGAUGUGGGCGCUUCGAAGAGCUUCAAACCCUUGGAGGUACCAUUUUCCCUACAGUAUGGUUGCUCGAGCUUCCUGUGCUAAGUCAGACAUACUGCAUGGUAACUUGAACCAUGAGCACUGGGGUUAUGAGUUAAAUAGCAAUAUUGGUGAAUUCUCUGUUUUACCAAAGAUUUUUUCCUAUGCACCACCUUUUUCUGCAAUGCCUUCUCUGGGGAUCAGUAACUUCUCUUCACAGGCUGGAGCCAGGACCAGUGACAGUGAAGUGGAUGAUGGUUUUUCUGAUCUAGAUUCGCCUACAGAAACUAAUAAAAUUGGCACUAUGGGGAACAAGGAUGAUGAUGAUGAGUUUAUCUCUGAACAAGAAAUCUCAAGAGAUGAGUCAGAAGUACAUUCAGCAGAAGUUGCUGAUAGUUCCCUUGGCUUGUCAGACAGCGAAACACAAUCAAAUGGUGAAAAGGAACCCAGAAGAAAGAGCCUCAUGUCUCCACUUUUCAAGGUUGUAAUGGAAGCUCCACGACAUUCUGUUACUGCUGCUCUUAAUAAAUGGGUACAAGAAGGUAAUUCUUUGGGACGGGAUGAGAUCUCCUUCACUCUGUGGAAUCUUCGAAAAAGAAGGUUUUAUCAGAAGGCCUUGCAGUUUGUGGAGUGGCUGGAAGCAAGUAAGCAUCUCAAUUUUGUAGAACGAGAUUAUGCUUCACAUCUAGAUCUGGUUGCUAAAGUACAUGGUCUUCAGAAAGCUGAGAAGUACAUCAACAUGAUUCCAGAAUCCUUCAGAGGUGAGAUUAUCUACAGAACUUUUCUAGCCAAUUGUGUAUCUACUGGCAAUGUCAAGAAAUCAGAGGAAGUGUUCAACAAAAUGAAAGACCAUGGUUUGCCAAUUACAACCUUCUCUUGCAACCAACUGAUCUUGCUAUAUGCAAGAGUUGACCGAAAGAAGAUAGCUGAUGUUCUUAUGAUGAUGGAAAAAGAAAAUAUCAAACCAUCUCCUUUUACGUAUAAGCUCUUGAUGGACACGAAAGGCCGUACAAAUGACAUAACAGGAAUGGAACAAAUUGUGGAGAGGAUGAAGGCUGAUGGAAUGGAGCCCGAUUUAUCAACCCAAGCUAUGAUUGCUAAUCACUACAUCUUUGGAGGGUUGAAUGACAAAGCAGAAGCAACACUGAAGAAGAUGGAGGGUGACGACAUUAAGGAGAACCGCAAUGCUUGCAAGGCUCUUCUUCCUCUUUAUGCUGCUCUGGGCAAAGCAGAAGAUGUGGGGAGGAUCUGGAAAGUCUGCGAGGCUGGUCCCCGUGUUGAUGAGUGCUUAGCUGCCAUUGAAGCUUGGGGGAAGGUUGGGCAUGUUGAAGAUGCAGAGAAAGUCUUUGAGAACUUGUUGAAGACAUGGAAGAAGCUCUCUUCAAAGUAUUACAAUGCUUUGCUAAAGGUAUAUGCAAACCAUAAACUUCUGUCCAAGGGAAAGGAUUUAGCCAAGAGGAUGUCAGAUGAUGGCUGCAGGAUUGGUCCUUUGACAUGGGAUGCACUUGUGAAGCUUUACGUAGAGGCUGGUGAGGUGGCAAAAGCUGACUCAAUAUUACAGAAGGCAGCUCAACUGAAUCAGAUUAGGCCUCUCUAUAGCUCAUACAUGGCUAUUUUGGACCAGUACGCAAAGAGGGGUGACAUCCAUAAUGCCGAAAAGAUAUUUCACUACUUGAAACAGACUGGGUACGCCGCAAGGAUGACCCAGUAUAGAUUGUUGCUUCAGGCCUACAUAAAUGCCAGAACUCCAGCUUAUGGGUUUAGGGAGAGGAUGAAAGCUGAUAAUGUAUUCCCCAACAAGCAGGUGGCAGCACAACUGGCAGCUGUUGAUGCUUUCAGAAAGACAAAUAUUUCAGAACUGCUUGAUUGAUAAAUGAUGUAUUGUUUGAUCGUUUAUGAUGAUGUGUUAUUUUCUUGAGUCUUACCCAUUUCUUUGUGCACUGGAAAAAGAUUCUGCAUUUUAAAGAGGUCCCCAUAUGAUUAUAAGUUUAUAAUGUUUCUUUGCUUCA